AAUGAAAUAAAGUGUGACUACUGAACUGGAAGCAAAAAAAACGAUUGUGUUUUGGAUUUGGAAAAUUCGUUUUUAAAAUUAAAAUUCAAACGUUUUUUAAAAGAAAAAUUCAUAAAUAUAAAGUCUCUCGCUUGAAUCAUAAAAACAAAAUGAUAUUCACAACAGCAAUUCGAACCAGAACUCACGCGUUACAAUCGUUACGUCGUGUCAAGCGAACUGUCAUACGAAUUGACACAUUGAGUCCAUAAACAAUAGCAUUCAUUUGGCUUUAUUUAUUCAGUUCCCUCGAAAACUUUCAUUUUUCAUUAAUGAUUUCGAAAUAAGAAUUAAGAUCGUCUGACGGAUAGAAGUGUGUCAUAUCCAUCAAAAAUGGCUUCUAAUUUAGUAAAGUGCUUCAUUUGUGACGUGGACUGUCCGAACGAUGACAGAAAUAUUGGAUCAAAUAUUGCACGUCGUUUGACGAUGCCAAUAGCAUCAGUGUUUUCAAAAUGUUUACGAACGGUGGUCGAUGCGGACAGUGAAUACUUUUGUGCAGAGUGUAUGAUCAAAAUUGAAGAUUACGAUCAGCUGGUUCAGCUUAGUUUACAAAUUGAAACCGAAUUAUUUGAAUUGUAUCAGAGAAAAGCGACGUGUUAUUUAUUAGAUGCUGAAAUAAUCGACGAUCCAGAUGCAAACGGAUUAAUCCAAAGUGAACAAUUAAAGAUGGAAAACGAAACAAUCCUCUCGGAAGCGUCAAAUGACGAACUCAACGAAACGUACGACGAAAUGGUUGUUGAGUAUUUGGAUGAUUAUGAAGCAAAAUCCGAUGAUGUUAAUUUAGGUGAAGAACCAAAAGAGGAGACUCUUGAAGAACCAAAAGAGGAAACUCUUGAAGAACCAAAUACUGCAGCAGCUACUGAAGAAUUUUCCAAUGAAAAUGGUGGCGAACAAACGGUUCAAAACAGUACACCAAAGGUAGCAACGCAUAAACCGAAAAGGAAAAAAGGCACCACUAAAGUUGGAUCAACUAAAACCAAACUCAAAAUAGAAAAAUUGACUGAAUCACCGGAAUCGACUGAAAAUGACGAAUUAGAGUGUCGCAAGUGUGAGUUUGUUGCCAAAAAUCCAUUGGAGCUAGAAGAACACAAAACCAUUAAACACAUUGAAGACAUUGAACGGCUGGUGUGUGAUAUUUGCGGCCGAUCGUACAAAUCAAAGUCAGCGCUUUGUGUUCAUCUUGGCACACACAACGGUCGAAAUGCUCACGAAUGUCACGUCUGUGGUAAAACCUUCACACAACGAGGUGCUUUGGUUCGACACAUGCCAAUGCAUACUGGCGAAAAACCCCAUCAGUGUGAUGUCUGCGGCAAGCGUUUCAUUCACUAUUCAUCGUUCCACAUGCAUCAAAUGAUCCAUACCAAUGAGCGAAAGAAAAAGUGCAACAUUUGUGGCUCCGAAUUUCGGUCCAAUUCUCAUAUGACACGCCACAUGCGAUCCCAUACUGGAGAGAAACCCUUUGCAUGCCCGGUUUGUGGUCAAAAAUUUGCUCAAAGAUACAACAUGAAAACACAUUACAACACACAUCAAGGUAUCCACCGGCCGCAGUCACGAAAUCACAGGUGCGUAAUGUGUUCCGAAGCGUUCCCACGCCGUGAGAAACUGAACAAACACCUGCGACAAGAACAUCGCAUCAGUGAUGACGACAUUUGCGCCCUUGCUGAACAUGGUCCCAACAGCGAAGUCACUCAAAAAAUCAUCGACCGUUUGAAAACAAACAUAUAUACGAAAGAAGAAAUCUACGUUGAAUACGUUGAAGAUGUUGGCGAACUUAUUACAUCGGAUCCUCUGAAAUGAUUCAUUUAUUGGUUUUGUUAAUAUUUCUAAUUGCACGAAUAUCGAAUAAUGACUAAUUCUUAAAACAAAAAUCCCGAAUUAUAUUUAUAUGUUAAUAAGAACAAGCAAUAUUCUUCAUGGAUAAUUUUCCAUCAAUAACAAUGUAAGAAAAAGCAAGCUAUGAAAUUAAACAUCGAUGAAUUUAUAUAA